GUGGGAACGCUAUAAAUCCACGUCGCGCGCGAGUCCCUCAAGUCGCUUGUCUUCAUCGUCAUCUUGCCGAUCCAAAGGAAUUAACGCACGUCUUCUUUCUUCGUACUUUGGCGACCACGAUGAGCUUUCUGCUCACUUGUCUGCUUUGUGGAUUGUACGCGCUCAUUGCCAAAGGUGCAGACGAGGAGGCCAGAGGCAAACACAGCGUGCCCGUGCUGGAGGGGACGCGCGGACAGCUGGUCCUGGAGCCCAACCAGACCCUGGAGCUCAGCUGCAGGGGUCGCUGGGAGCUCUCCUGGUCUUUCCCGCCCGACGUCCCUCGCGAUCGUGUCCGCGUCGAGGAAUCUCGCUGCGGCAAGUCGCAGCGGCUGCACUGCAGUCGCGUGACGCUGCCGGGCGCCGCCCGGCCCAGCCACACGGGCUCGUUCCUCUGCCGCUACCGACACCGAGCGCAGCGGCAGGCGUCGGUUUACGUGUAUGUAGCAGACAGUCGGCAGCCAUUUGUCGACGAUCCAGAGAUGAGCCCCGACGUGUUGUACAUGAAGGAGAAGCAGCCGCUGGUCAUCCCCUGCCGGGUCACCCACCCCAACAUCACCAGCGCAUUGGUCAAGUUCCCCAACCACAGCUUGAGUCCCGACCACAGGAACAUCAUGUGGAGCAGCAGGCGGGGCUUCACCAUCCGCACGCCCACCUUCUACUACAUCGGCCUCUUCUUCUGCCAGACGCUAGUCGACGGCGUCGCUCACAAGUCGCGCAUAUACAUCGUCCACAGGCCAGUGAAUAGCAUCUUGGACGUGUAUCUGAACAGCAGCGGUCCUGUGCAGGCCUUAAAGGGAGAGAGGCUGGUGCUCAACUGCACCGCCACCGGAGAACUAAACACCAGGGUCAACAUCUCGUGGGACUACCCCGGAAAGACGAGCAACAGCGGCUCCACGUCCAAGCGGCUGCUCAAGCACAGAACGCACAUGUUGUUCUACAACAUCCUGACCGUCCCCCGGCUGCGGCGCUCCGACCGCGGCCUCUACACGUGUCGCGUCAGCAGCGGGAACAAAACCAAACAGCAGAAGGUCACCGUUACGGUCUACGAUCGGCCCUUCAUCCGAUUGAAGCCCAGACGAGGAUCGCUAAUGGAGGCUCAAGCGGGGCAGAAAUCGUAUCGGAUUUCGCCCAAACUCCGAGCGUUCCCCGCACCCGAAGUCAUCUGGUUGAAGGACGGCACGGCGGCGGCGGAGCAGUGCUCCAGGUACCACACAGACGGCCAUUCGCUGGUCAUACGCGACGUGGCCGAGGAGGACGCUGGGAAAUAUACCGUGCGAGUACGCAUCCAGGAGCACGGACUCUACCAGAACCUCACGCUAAUACUCGUGGUUAACGUGAGUCCUCAGAUAGGCGAGAAAGCGGUUUCGUCGUGGGAGGACGCGGGCGCCGUGCCCCGGGGGAGCCGACAAUCUCUGCACUGCACGUCCCACGCCGUCCCCCCGCCGCACGUCCACUGGCUCUGGCACCCCUGUCCGCCGAAAGGCCUGUGUGCCGGUCCGACAUCCUGGUCCGCGUGGACCCCUGCGAGCGAGGGGCUCCCCGCCGCGUCCACACACAACCCCAUCCUGAGUGUGACCCACAGACAGGAAGUGCUUCAGGGCAAGACCAAGACGGUAGGUGUUGUGACGGUGGCCCGGGCUCUGGUGUCCGGUGUGUUUCGUUGCGUGGCCUCCAACUCUGUGGGGACGGACCACCUGGACAUCCGCUUCUACGUCACAGAUGUUCCGGGAGGCUUCGCCGUGAGCCAGGAUGAAGAACCGAGAGAAGGCGGAAACCUGCGCCUCACCUGCAGCGCCGACAAGCACCUGUACUCCGCCCUGUCGUGGCGCCGCCUGCACCCCGCCGGCGGCGGGGGCGCGGGCACCAGCACCACCCUGCGCGGGUACCCCUCCACGGGAGAGUUCUCGCGCUCUCUGCGGCUGUCGCUGAGCAACCUGAGCGCCCGGGACUCGGGCGCCUACCUGUGCGCCGCCCUCCACCGCUCCACCGGGCGGGAGGCCCACCUGGUGGCGCGGGUGAGGGUCUCAGCUUUGGAGCCUCCGGUGCUGCUGAACAAUUUGACAGAUUGUACGGUGAACGUCAGCAGCUCGGUGACCCUGCACUGUCCCACCGAGGGCGUCCCGCCUCCGACUGUCGCGUGGUACAAGAACCAACAUGCUCUGUCAGCGGGAUCUGGUAUUGUCCUGUCACCAAAGGAGGGCUCCCUCCAUAUCGACCGCAUCACUGCGGAGGACCAGGGCUUGUACACAUGCCAGGCCACCAACCAGAGGGGCUCCGCAGAGAGCUCCGCCUACAUUUGGGUCAACGAUGCGUCGGAAAACCCGUCCCUGGAGAUUCCUACUCUGGCGUGCACGUGCGUGGUGGCGACUUUCCUUUGGCUUCUCCUAACGCUCCUGAUCCGAAAAUUACGACAGGCCAACAGCUCCCGGUGCAAAUCCGAGUACCUGUCAAUCAUCCUGGACUCUGGAGACGGCCCCAUCGAGGAGCAGUGCGAGCGACUCCAGUAUGAUCCCUGCCGCUGGGAGUUCCCAAGAGAGCGUCUCAAAUUAGGCAAGAAUUUAGGCUGUGGAGCCUUUGGGAAGGUGGUCCAGGCGUCGGCGUUUGGGAUCGAUAACGCUUCAAGCUGCAGGACGGUGGGUGUUAAAAUGCUGAAAGAGGGCGCCACAAUCAGCGAGCACAAAGCCCUGAUGACCGAACUGAAGAUCCUCAACUACAUCGGACACCAUCUCAACGUCGUUAACCUACUGGGGGCUUGCACCAAGCCGGGAGGGCCACUGAUGGUCAUCGUGGAGUAUUGUCGCCAUGGAAACCUGUCCAGCUUCCUGAAGAGCAAACGAGAGGUGUUUGGGGUGGCCCAAAGAAAAUCUGGAGAGAGGAGUUGUGAUGGUCAGACAGUGAUGCAUGAUGACAAUAAGUCAGGUGACAUAUCAGACUCAUGCACUCCAUUAUUUCUGGAGGAGCUCAUCUCCUUCAGCUUCCAGGUGGCGCGAGGAAUGGACUUCCUGGCAUCUCGCAAGUGCAUUCAUCGAGACCUGGCGGCCCGUAAUGUUUUGCUGUCCGACAACAAAGUGGUGAAGAUCUGCGACUUUGGCCUGGCCAGAGACAUCUACAAAGACCCCGACUAUGUGCGAAAGGGAGACGCUCGCCUCCCUCUCAAGUGGAUGUCUCCGGAGUCCAUCUUCGACAAAGUGUUUACCACUCACAGUGACGUGUGGGCCUUCGGCGUCCUGCUGUGGGAGAUCUUCUCUUUGGGGGCGUCGCCGUAUCCCGGCCAGCAUAUCGACGAGGAGUUUUGCUGCAGACUGAAGGUGGGAACCAGGAUGAGAGCGCCUGAAUACAGCACGCCCGACAUUUAUAGGACCAUGCUGGCCUGCUGGGAGGCCGAGCCCACCGAGAGACCCUCCUUCUCCGACCUGGUGGAGAUCCUGGGAGACCUGCUCCAAUCCAUGGUGCAGCAAGACGGGAAGGAUUACAUUCCUCUGGGAUCUCGUGUGGAGUCCGGGAACGGCAGCAAGACGUUCCGAGAAAAGCCUCUUGCUGUCACUAACUUGAGUUACAUGCGUUCCGUGGUGGCCACGCUGGACACGUUUGAGGAGAUUCCCUGUGAGGACGAGCAUCAUGGAUCUGAGGAAGGUGACAGCGGCAUGGUCCUACCGUCAGAGGAGCUGCAGCGUCUGUCGUGGAGGAACGACGCCGGGCGCAACCGGGCCUUCCCGUGCAAGGAAGCCCCACUUCUCCAUGGCAACGGGUCGGGCACGUUCGCAUGCCGGUGGGAUUCGGCCCGGGGCGGCUCCCCUCCUCCCAACUACAACUCGGUUUUCUUCUCCCAUUAAUAUGAAAGUGUAACAAUUCGAGCUUGUAGUUGUAUUGGUACCUCAUAUUGUGCUGAAAGGGAGGAAAUGCUCCUUUUAUGCUGACGUUAUAUGCUGGAUACGUGUAUGUGAGUGAGUUUGUGUGUGUCACAUACCUGUAAGUUCCCAUGACAAUUUAGUGGGAAUUCAUACAACCUGUUUCAAUAACACUAAAAUAUAUAUAUUUUUCCUUUUCAAAAUGGCCCAAAAUGUUUUGCAUGUGAAAAAACGGAUUCUUUUUCUACUCAUCACGGUGCAAUUUUUGUUGUUGUCCUCCUUAUUUUGACAGGUUUGACAUUUUGAUGAAAAAAACUUUAAAAAAAAAAUACAAUUUUCUAUUAAUUAUAGUGCAACUUUUGUACAAAACCCUCAGUCACAAGAAUUUAAUAGGAAUUUGUACAAAAAAAUACCAGUAACACCAUCCAUCCAUUUUCUGUACCACUUCAUCCUCACAAGGGUCACGGGCGUGCUGGAGCCUAUCCCAGCUAUCUUCGGGCGAGGGCCGGGGUAGAGCCUGAACUGGUCACCAGCCAAUCGCAGGGCACAUAUCAACAAACAACAAUAUGCACUCACAUUUACACUUACGGGCAAUUUAGAGUUGUCAAUUAACCUACAGUGCAUGUUUUGGGAUGUGGGAGGGAACCGGAGUGCCCGGAGAAAACCCACGCAGGAACGAGGAGAACGUGCAAACGCCACACAGGCGGGGCCGGGAAUUGAACCCCGGUCCUCAGAACUGUGAGGCAGAUUUGCUAACAAGUCUUCCACCGCGGCGCCUAACAGUAACACACCCUCAAAAAUGUUGAAAUAUUUGGACAUAAUUUCAAAAUGGCCAAAAUUGUUGUUUUUGUAACCUUCCCCCAAAAAUGACAAUUUCCUGUCCAUUGCAGUACAAUUUUUUUUGGUCCAAAAUCUUACAAUUCAGACAGAAUAACUGUAAAAUGUGGACAGAUGUGUUGAUACAGAAUUUAGUAGGAAUUCAUACAAAAUGUUUAAUUGACACCCUUUUUAAAAAUAUUUGACUAAUUACAGUGCAAAAACCCACUAUGUAUUCUCAUGAGAAUUUCUGAAGUCUACCAACUAUUGUGCAAUUGCUAUUUUUCAAAAUCUCCAAUUUAGCCAAAUUGACCCCCCACCCUCACAAAAUGCCAUUUUCUUACGAAUCAUACGGUCCAAUUUUUGUUAAAAAUCGAACUAAUUUUUACAGAAAAGCUUCCUAGAAAACAUGGAAAAUGCUGUGUGUGUGUGUGUGUGUGGGAGGGGGUGGGGGUAUUCAGGAUUUAACACGUUUUCAUGAAAAUUGAGUUGGAAUUUGUUCAAACAUUUAACAAGUUUCAUUAACAAUUCAUAUAAAAUACAGCAAAUACAGUGCAAUUUUGUACAAAAUCCUACUAAAUACUCUCAAUCAUUGAAAAGGACACGACUUGAUCCCUUAUCACAAUGGACGUAUGUGUUUGUACUAAAACAUGUUAAUGCUGUAAUAUUUUAAAGAGAUAACUAGUCAUUAGUUUUGAAUGUAACAUGAAUGAUGUGAAGAUUUCUUUUUUUUAUAGUCCA